AUGUAUUCAUUACCCAAAUUACAUGAUUAUGCAAUCGCCAUCGGCGCAUUCGCCAGCGCCGAUAACCAAGCUGACAACGGCAAUAACCCUUCCGUCUUCCUCUACAACACUCUCAUCUCCUCCAUCGUCUCUAACCACCAAUCCACUCAAACCCAUCUCGCGUUUUCUCUCUACGCUCGGAUUUUAACCUCUAGAUCCGCCGCGAUCAGACCCAUCCAAUUCACCUACCCUUCUCUCUUCAAAGACUCUGGCUUUCAACCAUCGGUGGCAUCGCCAUGGAAGAGCUCUUCAUGCCCAUGUUUUGAAAUUCAUCGAACCAGUUAA